CCACUUACCCUAAAUCACACCCAAAACCAAAACCAAAACCAAAUCCAGCCGUAUUUCUCUUUCUUCUUCUCUCUCCUCUUGAGUGUGGGCUUCGUUCGAUUUCAAUCUGUUUGAUCAGCCCAGUUUCAGAUCGAAUUCUUCAACCCUUUUGAUUUUGUGAUUUACCCAUUUCAUUUUUUUUAAAGGUAUUCAAUUCUAUUUCUUUCUCCUCUUUCUAUUGAUUUGACUUCUUUUGGUCUUUGGGUCUUCGUUUGAUUUGUUUGAUGAGCCCAGUUUUAGAUCGAAUUCUGAAACCCCUUUUGAUUUCGUGAUUUACCCAUUAAUUUUUUUAAGGUAUUCAAUUCAAUUUUCUCUCUCUUCUCCCACCUUUUAUUGAUUUUGGUUUUUGGGUCUUCUUCGUAUGAUUUGUUUGUUGAGCCCAGUUUUAGAUCGAAUUCUUCGAUCCUUUUGAUUUAGUGAUUUACUCAUUAUUAUUUUUAAAGGUUUUGGCUUCAUUUGAAUUAUGACAACCGCUGAUGAAAACAACGAAAUGGUAGAUUCACAACAGGCUGAUGCACUGCCUGGAGCUGAAAAUUCUGUGAAGGUUAAGCCAGAGCGAGCUGAACCAGAGCGUGUGGAUAAGGAGGUUGCAAACUCGCAGCCUAUUGGCGAACAAGUUGAUCCUCAGAAUGCUGGUAAACAGGCUGAGUCAGAGCAUGUGAACAAUGAGCUUGCUCAUCCUGAGCCGCUUGGUGAGGAUGUCUUACAUACGCCACCAGUCUCUUCAGAGGAUGCGCAUCCACAAUUAGUCAACUCAGAGCAUGUCGAUUCACAGCCCGAGAGUGUAGAAGAAAUGCAUUCACAGACUGUCAGCAUGGAGCAUGUGCAAUCACAGCCUUCGGAACUUGUUCAACCACAGUCAGUUUCUGCUGAGCUUGUUCAUUCGGACCCGGUCAACGCAGAGGGGGUUCAUCCCCAUCCUGGCAGUGCAGAUCUCGUGUAUACUCAGCCUCUUGAUUCCAUUGAUGAAAACAAUGAAAUGAUUGAUACAGAAGAAGCUGAUGCACAGCCAAGAGAGGCAGAGUUUGCAAAUUCACAAGCGGAGCAUCCAGUGACUGUGAAACCAGAACGAGUUGCACCAGAGCCAAUGGACAUGGGCAUGGGGGAACAAGUUGAUCAGCAUGCUACUGGUGAAGAACAUGCGAGUACCGAGCUUGCUCACCCUGAGCCGCUUAGCGAGGAGGUUGUUUAUCCACCGCCAGUCUGUUCGCAGGAUAUGCAUCCACAGUCAGUUGAUGCUGAGCAUGUGCUUUCGCAUCCAGUCACUGUGGAGAUGGUUCAUUCCCAGCCUGGAAGUGCAGAUCUUGUGUAUUCCCAGCCUCUUAGUUCAGAUAUUGUGCAUUCGCAGCCUAUUGCCUCUGAGUUUGUGCAUUCCCAGCCAGUCAAUGCAGAGCUUGUGCAUUUUCAGCAUGGUAAUCUAGAGCCAGUUCAUUUGCAACCACUUGGGGUAGAACAUGGAAAUUCGCACAUUCAUGGGGGUGAACAUGUAAACUCUCAUGCUGUUGGCAUGGAGCUGGUUAAUACACAGCCGCUCAGCACGGAGGUCCCUAAUUCACAGCAAGAAACUCCUGAUACCCAACCUAAUAAGCGUCGGAAGAAGAAGUCUAUAGUCUGGGAGCACUUUACUAUUGAAACUGUUGGUGCUGGCUGCAGGAGGGCCUAUUGUAAAGUGUGCAAGCAAUCAUUUGCAUACAGUACUGGCUCUAAGGUUGCUGGGACAAGCCACCUGAAGCGCCAUAUUGCUAAAGGGACUUGUCCUGUUGUUUUGCGUCAGCAGGAGAAGAAUCAGUUGUCCCCAUAUAUGCCAAAGAGUGGUGGAACUGAUGCGGGUACUGAACACCAACCAAAAAGGCGUUACAGGACCUCUAGCUCACCGUAUCUCAUCUUUGAUCAGGAUCGUUGCCGGCAUGAGAUUGCUAAGAUGAUCAUCAUGCAUGAUUAUCCACUUCACAUGGUUGAACAUCCAGGAUUUGUUUCCUUUGUCCAGAAUCUUCAGCCCCGUUUUGAUAUGGUCAGCUUCAACAUUGUACAAGGGGAUUGUGUUGCAAUAUUCUUGAGGGAGAAACAGAAUCUUCAAAAGUUUAUUGAGGGAAUUCCAGGCCGAAUAUGCCUGACAUUGGAUAUGUGGAGUUCUAGUCAAUCAACUGGUUUUGUUUUUGUUUCUGGGCAAUUCAUUGAUAAUGACUGGAAGUUGCAUCGGAGACUUCUUAAUGUUGUGAUGGAGCCCUUUCCAGAGUCAGAUAGAGCACUUAGCCAUGCCAUUGGUACUUGUCUAUCCGACUGGGGUUUAGAUCGCAAAUUAGCCUCAAUUACAUUUAAUCAGCCACUGGGUGAAGCUGCACUUGAAAAUCUAAGGGCCUUGCUUGCUGUGAAAAAUUCAAUGCUUCUUGAUGGACAGUUGUUGAUUAAGAGUUGCAUUGCCUGCACUUUGAGCAGCAUGGCCCAAGAAGUGAUCUCUGCUAGUGAAGCAACUAUCAAGAAAAUCAGGACCAGUAUGAAGUAUGUAAAGACUUCAGAAUCUCACGAGGAAAAAUUUCUUGAGUUGAAGCAACAGCUUCAGGUACCAUCUGAACAGUCUCUUUCUCUUGACAACAUCACAAAAUGGAACACAACGUAUGAAAUGCUCCUUGCUGCUUCUGAGUUGAAGCAAGUCUUUUCAUGCUUAGAUACAUGUGACCCUGAUUACAAGGAUGCCCCUUCCAUGGAUGAUUGGAGUCAAGUUGAGAACAUCUGCAUGUACCUUAAACUUCUGUACGACACUGCAAAUUUGCUUUUGGUAAAACCUACUCCGUCUUCUAACGUGUUCUUCCAUGAGGUGUGGAAGAUUCAGCUGGAGCUAGCCCGUGCAGCUGCAAGUGAUGAUCUCUUUGUAGCUGGCCUUGCUAAGCCUUUGCAAGACAGGUUUCUCAAAUAUUGGAAGAAUUCUUGCCUGGUCUUAGCGGUUGCUGUAGCUAUGGAUCCUCGGUUUAAGAUGAAACUUGUGGAGUUCAGUUUUACAAAAAUUUUCAUGGAUGAAGCUCCUGUAUACAUCCGAAAUGUCGAUGAGGGAAUCCAUGAGCUUUUCCAUGAGUAUGUCACUCAUCCUCUUCCAUUGACCCCUCUUGAAGAUGGGACUGACGGUAUUGUCAAGAGAGAAGAUCAAGGCAUUCUCAACAGCAAUGGACUUUCAGACUUUGAUAUGUAUAUUAUGGAGACAACAAGCCAGCAAAUGAAGUCAGAGUUGGAUCAGUAUUUGGAGGAGUCUCUCUUACCAAGAAUCCAAGAUUUCGAUGUGCUAGGUUGGUGGAAGCUAAACAAGAUCAAAUAUCCGACCCUUUCAAAGAUGGCCCGUGAUAUCUUGACUGUUCCUUUGUCAACUGUUUCUGCUGAAUCCGUAUUUGAUUCUUCGUUCAAGGAGAUGGACUCAUACCGGUGCUCAUUGCGGCCAGAGACUCUUGAAGCCCUCAUAUGCGCUAAGGAUUGGUUGCAGCCAGAUACAAUCACCAAAACCUCGAAAGAGCUGGUGAAGAUGGAACUCUGACUUCCAGCUCCUGCUCCUAUGAUAAAAUCUUGUAUUAUGUCGAUGUGUAGGUAGGGUUUCUUUCGAUGGAUGUUGCUUGUUAAUGUGGUUUUUCCUGAUUGUGAAAAUGAUUCCUGACUCUUAGGCAGUCUUAUUGUAAGUCUUUAAUCGAGAACUAUUCUGUGAUUUAGGUAGUAGAGGUUUGUAGGGAUUGCCUUAAAGUUACAUUUUAUGUGAGGCAAGCUUCUGAGCUCGAAUUUUUGUAGCUUACAAUCAUUACUGAGCUACGUGCUUUCGAUGCUUGCUGAGCUAUGUCUGCUAUGUCCUAAUUGGGCUCGCUUUACUUCAGCAAGCCUUUUUGUUAGUUUGGAUUGGCCUGACUGUAUGUAACAUAAGCGAAUGUGUGAUUUCUUCCUUUAGAAAGACAAUAAUUGGGGAAUAAAUUUAUUAGUUUGUGCCAAAUUGCUAUAA